AUGUCGAACCGACAACAGGCCCGCGACAUGCAAGUCGAGUUCCAAGCUCGAUUCCAAGCCAAGCAGGCCCGCCGUGAAGCCCAAAAAGCCGCGAAGCAAGACCCUCUACUCCGAAAACAGAUCCAGGAACUCCUGAAGAAGGGCGAAACCGCCAAGGCCUACCAGAAGGCCAAGAUGCUGCUGUCGAAGCAGGCCCUCGCCGCGCAGAUGGACCAGAUGGCCGACAUGGCCGAGCUCUCAGCCUCGCAGAUCCAGGCCAACAACGCCAUGAACCGCAUGACGCACAUGAUGGGUCAGUCGAGCAAGACCAUGAACAUGGCCCAGCGCACCAUGAACCCCGAGCGCACCCUCACCACCCUCGAGCAGUUCAGGCAACAAAACGAGGAAUACGCCAUGAGCAAUGGCAUUUACCAGGACGCCAUUUCCCAGAGUACGAGUGCCCAGGUCAGCGAGGACGCCGUACAUGAGUUGUUGGGCAAGCUUGCAGACGACGCCGGUGUACAGCUAAACUCGGAACUCAACUCGGCCCAGCCGAGCAAGGCUGAACCUGCUGCACCCCAAACAAAUGAGCCGACCGCUGAAGAGGAGGAUGCGCUACAGCAGAGACUCAGAGCUUUGAGAGCUUAA